AUGGGCUCCAACCAAAGAAAUACCUUCGAAUACGCGCUCAAGUCCAACGAAGCAUGGGCCAACUACAAAGGUCACCAGAACCCCGCGUUCUUCGAGAAGCUGGCAAGAGGACAAAGUCCCACCAUCUUAUGGCUUGGCUGCUCAGAUUCCCGUGUACCGGAAACAACACUUCUGGGAUUACAACCCGGUGAUGUCUUCGUACACCGCAACAUUGCCAACAUUAUUUCACCCACGGAUAUCAACUCUAUGGCUGUGAUAGAGUAUGCCGUCGUACAUCUUAAAGUCCAACACAUCGUUCUCUGCGGCCAUACAUGUUGUGGUGGAGCUGGAGCUGCACUUGGAGAUGGUAGAGUCGGCGGAGUUAUCGAUGCAUGGAUCACACCACUAAGAAUGCUGCGCAAGAACAACGAGGUGGAACUCAAGGCCCUCCGUGAUGACGGAAAGAAGGCCGUCAGGCUUGCAGAGUUGAAUGUCGAGAUGGGAGUUGGAAAUUUGAUGAGCAGUUGGUUUGUCGAAGAAGCGAUCAGGGAUCGCGGCUUGACUGUGCACGGUGUGCUCUACGACGUUGCUUGCGGCAAGAUCAGGGAUCUGAAAGUCGGAACCACAGGCAAGGAAGGGUACCCAGGAUCAUCUACCCAGGAGCAGCCGGGAGAGAUCGUCAAGGGAAACCACGGAAUGCUGGUUUUCAGUGGAGACGUGGCUACGAUGGCUACGAGAUAA